AUGGUUCACUGUAGCUACAAAGCGCUUCUAGGUAAGGUCACCCCUUCCCAGGGCACACCUUGCGGUAAGUCCACAGAUUAUCCUGGUCAGCUGGAAUGUAUUGCGUUCAAAGACUGUACAAAAGAUGUAACUGGCCAUUUAAAGACCUUAAACCUCAGCGCAGAUGAGGGUUUAGGAUCUGAAAUAAAGUUGCUGUUAGCCAGAGCAGAUAAAUACCACCCUAAAAUAUAAUAUUUUGGUCUUUUUAUCAGCUAUAUUAUUAUUAUACGUUUUACUUUUUAUCAUCAUGCACUUGAGGGUGGUUAUUCUCAACAAAUUCUCCUUCUAGGGGUUUUCUCUGUGGAAGAACAUCACUAUGCCUUGAGCAUUUGUCCAAGGCACAGGGCUGAUUUCGGCAUCCGCUGGAGGACAGGGAAGACCAUGUGUACAGUGCCCAAAGAAUUAGCAGUACAUAAAACUACAACUGCUAAAGGGAGCCACCGAGUGGAUAGCUUGAAGUCGGCGUUUAUUUUCAAAACCACGAACACAUGUAUUCCACUUGCAUCACGUAAGUUGCAAACUUUUCUGUGAAGAUUGGUUAGAUAAUGGUAAUUUUUCACGGUUAAGAAUCACAUAUAAGGUGGCAGACAAGGCGAGGAGUUUGCUAGCACUCUAUUAAAGAAACAGUAAGAAAUUUCCACGAGACAGUGACAAGAGAGGAGAGAGCGUGCAAGGAGAGGGAAUCGAAAGGCGCUUUUAAGAUGUAUUAAUUAUCACGUGUCGCUUGUUUGUAUGACGCAGGGGUCAUUUUUGCCUUGGGGGUGCGGGUAAUCCAAGCACACCUUGCAGUCCUCAUUCAAAAUUAUUGGUCUUGCGGGCAGGAAGUUCUCUUCUUUCUAUGUAUGUUUUAAAUGUAUUGUUUAUACAGUAUAUUGACAUUAAUUUCUGUUCGUCUGUUCAUUUUGUGUUGCUUUUGUUUCUCCAUUUAAAGCAAUUUGUAAACAAUGCAACGAGUAUAUCAGCAAACAGGCCAUGCCCAACCAAACUCUAGUGUUUGCUUCAGGUGGGGUGGAGCCCGUCCCCGGGGUCUCGCACCUGCAAGAGUUACCCGAGCCCCAUUUGUUGGUAAGUAGUAAUAAGAAACACUAGUGUAAAUGGUUCGCUUAAGUGGCUCCUUUAACGAUGGUAUGAAAUGUUUUCCUUCCAAAAAGAAAUUCAUCAUUCAUUCUUUCAUUUCCUUUUUAAUCCUUUUUUACUUUAGGGGAUUUCUUUUCAUUUCUUUCUUUCUUUCUUAACGGGUUUGUGUGGGUGUUGGCUUAUGAAUAAAAUAAAACAAAAUAAACGUUUUAUCAUGCUUUAUAGUAAUUACACAAUAUAUUUGUUUGAACUGUUUCAGGUAGAGGGGGAAACAGGCCGUUCAAGUGCAGAAACAACUAGUAGUGAGUUAUCGUCUGAUGACCUUGCAACUGAACUGAAGAGGCUGGAGAUAUCGUCAAGAGGGCGGGAUGAUGAGACGUUCCUCAGUCCGGAUACCGGAAGUCUUGUUUCUUCCACGAGUGACGAGGCCCCAACCACUAUGCAAGAACCUCGUAAAAAGUUGAACGAAUAUCUGGUUUCGAAGAACAUCCCGCCAAUAACUCAGCCUUGGAUGGAAUGGGAUAAAGCUGGAGAGAGCACUAAGAAGAGAUACACCAAAAGGACAGUGGAGAUCUUUUCUUCAGUCCUACAAGAUCUUACACCUAAUUAUGCAGGUUCUCUUUGGCAAGCGGUCGUCUCGUCCCCUGCCAUGAACAAAGCUCUUAAACUUGAUGAAUUAUCACAAACGUCCAAGAAUUAUCUUCAGGCCUUAGCAGAGGCAUACGGUAAAGCUCAAGGGUGGGAGACAAGAAGGCAGAUCUUGUCUAUCAUGUCAGGCGUUGCCAGCUUCAAUGAUAUUUCAAGACUUAUACCAGGCUUAACUAGAUAUCGCUAUAGCUUGGCCAACCUGCAUCGCUUACAGUAUGGUAGCGGGGCUCCCACAACGCACCACCCUUCGCCGAGGAUAAAGGUUGAUCUGAAGCAACUUGACCAUUUUUUAUCGUAUAUAACAAGUCCGCAUUUGGUGCAGGAUCUACCAUUUGGGCAGAAAACGUUGAAACUCUCCUCUGGCCACCUGGUUGAGAUACCAAACGUCAUAAGGACGAUGAUACCCCAAAGAAUAACCCGUCAGUACGCUCAGUACUGCCACGAAACUGGCUUUAAACCAUUCAGUGAGUGUACUAUGCUUCGUGUAUUGGAGGAAUGCAAGGCCUCGGUCCGAAAAUCUCUCCAAGGACUUGACUACGUGGCCGCAGACGGUGCGCGUGCCUUUGAAGACUUAGACAAUUUAGUCCGCCGACUUGGAGAGCUCGGUCUCGGGAAAGAGUGGGAGUUGCAGUACGUGGAAUUGCUCAAGGGUUCAAAAUUAUACCUUAAAAGUGAUUUUAAGGUAAGGCUUAAUUAAAAAUAAUAAUACCGUAUUUUUUCGAAUAAGCGCCCAACCUCGAAAAAGCGCCCACCUCGAUUAGGUGCCCAGCCUCGAAAAAGUGCCCACUCCCUUUUCCUCCCACGCAAACUAAAAUAAGCGCCCACCACCACCCCACCCCCUCCCCCCUCUAACCCCCCGAAAAAUAUUGAAUAAGUACUCAAGAGACUUCCCCGAAGGCGGAGUUUUCUUCAGAGUAUUUUACAGAAACCUUUUGUUACAUCUUCGCGUUUGGUACUACCAUUUAUUGUUUUGUUACAAAAUAAACAUACUACUUUUGCUGAAAAUGGUGAAAAUUUAAUAAGCGCCCAGCCUCGAAUAAGCGCCCACUCUCAAGGUCCAAAAAUUUAAUAAGCGCCCAGGGCGGUUGAUCGAAUAAAUACAGUAAUUGGAAAGAAUUUAAUCAUUCUUUACAAAGACUUUAAAUAUAAAAUUUAAAGAAUGAUUUUAAUUGUCACUAUUUGUCACAAUAAAUGCUGUGCGUUUUAAACAUCUUACAAGUCCACGUGUGUUCUUCAUCUGAGAUUGCGAUUCAUUGCAGUGUGUUUGCCUUAAGUGACUCCACCAGUCCUGAUCUGCAGCAGCAGUGUAGCCACAAACACGAAGAAUGCUGUGAGCAAUGUGAGAUCCUGCACUCAACUCUUCAGAACAUUUCCUCUGCAGUAGAAAGAGCAUCGUUUGCCACGCAAGAUGACAAAGAAGAGGCCCUGUUCUUAGUCAACGCUUCUGUGCUUGCCAUCCAGUCAUGA